UGUCUGUCUGUGUGCUGAUUGGUAAGUAUAAAGAGUGAAAACAAGGGACAGAGAGAGCAGAGAGACAGAAAGGCCGUGUGGGGUGGGUUGCUGGCGGUUUCAGCACAACAAAACCGGCGACGCCUAUUGCCUUAAAACCAUCCUAAUUUCAUUGGAAUAUUUUUAAUUUUUUUUUAAUUUUUUUUAAUACCAACCCAUGUUUCAAUUCAUCUGAUUCAAAUGCUUCUUCUUCAUCAAUUUUCCAACAAACUUUUAUAGAUCUUCUUCUCCAGCGUUUUGCAUUUCUUUUUUUCAGAUUCUAGAAAGUUAAUGCAGUGAGUGGAGGUUGCUCCGGCUAUUAGAAUGAAACUCAUGUUUGAAGCAUAAGAAAGUGAAUCAGUGUCUUCAUUUGGGACUUCAGAGUGACGUACACCAGAUAUUCAAAAGCUUGUUUUUCAGAUGUGUCCAAAAUGCGACAAUCAAUCUCAUGGUGACUGCAGAAAAGUUGAAUCAAUUACAGAGGAUAAAGGCAUUGCAGAUUUUUCAUGCUCUUUGGAUUUUCGAAGUUCUUUUCAGCUAUCAACUGUGAGUACAAUGUCGGAAGGCUCUCUACAUAAUCUUGUGUAUAAGCGCAGGAAUUCGCGAGGGAACUCAGCUGCCAUUCUUUCGGAACAGGUCCCAGACAUCACAAGGAGAAGUGGUGAUUGCUUUUCUGUUAUUAGUUCUGAUGCCCCUUUGGUUGCAACUGAGGAUCAAAAUCUUGGUCCUCAGUUUGAGCAUAAAAUUCAAGUCAUUCAACCUCCUGUGCUGUCUCCUCUUUUAUGCAAUAGCAUGCCCCAUAUUUCAAAUUCAGAAUUUGUUUCUGGAUAUUCGGUUGGUGAAGCAGUUGUUGACGAAGCACCUAAAAGUAGUGUGCAAAGAAUUUUAGAGGUAGACAGUGCUUAUGAUAGUUGCUCAUCAUCAAAGUCAAAUAUCGAACAUGUUUUAUCUUCCAUGAAGACUGAAAUGGAUGAAACUGGUGAGUGCUCCUCUUCUAGUGCUACCGUUAAGGAGGACAUGCAAGAAGAUCUGUCGGAAAAGGAUUUCUGCAUCUCUAUUCUUAGAAGCCACGGGCUUAUAGGAGGAGUUUGGGAAAGCAGGACUUGUGCUUCUGCUGAAAAUAUUGAAACUGGUAAUGGUGACUUAUGCUUCCGGUCAUGCAAAAUUUGUGGUCGUUCAGAAGCCACAACAAACUUGCUUAUCUGUGAUCAUUGUGAAGAAUCUUUUCACAUGUCUUGCUGCAACCCCCGUAUAAAGAAAAUACCUACGGAUGAAUGGUUUUGUCAUUCUUGCUUAAAAAAGAGGUAUAAAAAUUUAAAGAAGACAGUAAAGGGAAAAGCACCACAUAUUGCCAGUGUGAUGAGCGGUGCUAAAAAUCUGUCAUCUAAAGGUGAAUCAAAUGCUAUAACGUUAAUGCUGAGAGACACUGAGCCGUAUACAACUGGUGUGCGAAUUGGUAAAGGUUUUCAAGCAGAAGUUCCUGACUGGUCAGGUCCAAUAAAUAGUAAUGUUGACUACAUUGGUGAACCUUUGGAAAUGGAUCCUAUGGAGAGUAUUAGUUUGCAUGAUCAGAAUUCAAACAGUCCUUCUAAGCACAGCCCUAUAAGCAAUUGGCUUCAAUGUCGUGAGGUUUUGGAUGGUAUUGGAGAUGGUGUAAAUGGAACGAUCUGUGGAAAAUGGCGCAGGGCUCCUCUUUUUGAAACCCAAACUGAUAAGUGGGAGUGCUUCUGCUCCAUCCUCUGGGACCCAUCACAUGCCGAUUGUGCUGUGCCUCAGGAAUUGGAAACGGAUCAGGUGUUAAAGCAACUGAAGUAUAUUGAGAUGCUGAGGCCACGCCUGACUGCUAGCCGGAAAAAGUGAAAUCGCAGCAAAAGCGAUGGCGUUUCAGAGAACCUUAUAGUGGAUGCAAAAAAGUACAGAGACUCUGAAAUCGGGUGAGGAAUUGUUGAAAUGUUUGUCACAGUUUUUACACAAGGUGUACAUUCAAGCCACACAAAUCCAAUGAGCUAUAUUUCAUUAUAGUUUACUAGAUUGUAAUAGUUUAGAUGAAAAUUUUCCAUUAUAAUACAUAUAUAAGCACUGGCUUUUUUGCUUCCAGUUUUCAGGUUAAACUGAAUUAUGUGUCAUUGUUGAUUAGAGCUCUCUCCUCAUCUUUUUUUUUGUUAAACUCUUAAAGCCAUUGGUUUUUGAUGAAAUUUGGUUUGUUACAUGUGAACUGAAACACAGAUUUGACAUUCCCUUCCAAAUUAUUGUUCAUUUGUAAAUAUGCAAGUAUUGGCUGGUCUAUCUUAUAUCAUUCAGUUGUGUUCAAUGAA